GGUACAUACUAAAAUUUAGGGGCAAAAAUCAGCCUAACAUUAUUUUAAUAUAAAUAAAGCUUUCUUCUGCCAUUAACUAACUUAUUAUCCGAGCUUCUUGUAGAGAAGAAAGAAGCCUUCAGUCGUAGCUUCUAUUCAGCCAUGGGCAGUUGCAGUUGGGUAACCCUAAGGUGGGCGCAAGUACAACCUCAUCAUCACCAUCUUACAUCACUAUCGCCGAGCCGUACAAUCGGUGGUGGAUGCAGUCGUCGCUCAACUGCUGGAAUCGCAUAUAAGUAUAAUCGGAGAGUCAGAAUCUCGUGCAAGAGUGAUGAUGGUGAUUAUGAUUAUGAUUAUGAGAGAGAAAGAAGCAGAAGAGAACCUGCUCCUUCUGCAAUUCAAGUUUACUCGGACAUUGAGAGAUUACUCAUGGAGACUGUAAAGCAAUCUCAACAAAAUUCUUGGGGAGGCUUAAGGAACGACUGGACUGAAGUUGAGGGAGCAUGGGUUCUGAAACCAAAAGGCAUACCACCCAAGUGUGUUGUCCAUUUUGUUGGGGGUAUAUUUGUUGGUGCUGCACCUCAGCUCACCUACCGUUUAUUUCUUGAACGUCUCUCUGAGAAGGGAGUUUUAGUCAUUGCAACCCCCUAUGCCAGUGGCUUUGAUUACUUCUUUAUUGCAGAUGAAGUCCAGUUCAAAUAUGACAGGUGUUUAAGGUUUCUCAGGGAUACUGUUUCUGAUCUUCCUACUUUUGGCAUUGGUCAUUCUUUGGGUUCUGUCAUUCACCUUUUAAUUGGUUCAAGAUAUGCUGUACAAAGAAAUGGGAAUGUGUUAAUGGCAUUUAACAACAAGGAAGCAAGCUCAGCUAUCCCUUUGUUCUCACCUGUACUUGUCCCCAUGGCUCAAAGCAUUGGCCCAAUUUUGUCACAGAUUGCAUCAUCACCAACAAUACGUCUCACGGCAGAGAUGACUCUGAAGCAACUGGAAAACCUUAGCCCUCCCAUUAUGAAGCAAGUUCUUCCUUUGGUUGAGCAGCUUCCUCCGUUGUACAUGGAUUUAGUGAAGGGAAGAGAAGACUUUAUUCCAAAACCUGAAGAAACCAGAAGACUGAUAAAGUCAUACUAUGGCAUUUCGCGAAAUCUUUUGGUGAAAUUUAAAGAUGAUACAAUCGAUGAAACUUCAACACUGGCACAGUUGCUUAGCUCAGAAUCAGCCAUUAGUUCGAUGCUGGACAUGUCAAUUCGCCUGAUGCCUGGUGAUCACGGGCUUCCGUUGCAACAGGCCCUUCCAGAUGUUCCACCGGCAAUGGCUGAUGCAGUAAAUCGUGGAAGCGAGUUUCUGGCAAAUCUGUCUGCAGGUACACCAUGGGAGACUGUAGCCAAAGAAGUUGGUAAUACAUUAGGCACAGACUCAAGGAUCCUUCGUACGGAGAUAUCAAAAGAUAUAAACCUACUUGUAGAAGUGAUUACAUCUUGGAUGACUUCUAAUGCAGGUCAAAAAUCUUUGAAGCCAUGAUAAGAAUGUCACAGGGAACCUCCCAAUUACAUAAGAAAACAUAUUGAUUCCAACAAUGUUGGAGAGUAGUGUAAAUUGUUUACAGGUCAUGGAUUUCAAUCAUAUUGAGUGUUUGUACAGGGAUAUCUGAAAACACUAAUAAAAGAGACUGUUGGUCCGUCCUUGAACA